UCUCUAUAUUCACUGGCUGUCACAGCAGCGGCUCCAGGACGAGCACACUAGCAGUAAUCCACUUUCCACGACGCUUCACCUUCCUCUGUUCCGUCUACAUCCCUCAGACAUGGAUCUGGAGGUGCUAACGUACGCGGCGCUCUCGCUUUCCAUCCUCCACGCAUUUGCGCUCUAGCUGUGCGCUCCCGGCCCGUGGCUCGUCCCGCUGCUGACCACUGUUUUUUUUUUUUGUUUGUUUUUUUGAGACAUCACUGUGUAGCAGCAGAGACGGGGGACAGUAGAUAACUGAGCAGCAGCAGAAGAGGGACCACACAGUCGUGACAGCAGAGACCGUUUCAGGAUAUUCGGGGCAAGUGAGAGCUGAGCUUUUUGUGUCCUCCAUCAUGGCGAGUGACUCUCCAGCGCGGAGUCUGGAUGAAAUCGACCUGUCCGCUUUGAGGGAUCCUGCUGGCAUCUUUGAGCUGGUUGAGCUGGUGGGAAAUGGCACCUAUGGGCAGGUGUACAAGGGUCGCCAUGUUAAGACGGGGCAGCUGGCAGCCAUCAAGGUCAUGGAUGUCACCGGGGAUGAGGAAGAGGAGAUCAAAGCAGAAAUCAACAUGCUGAAGAAGUACAGUCACCAUCGGAACAUCGCCACCUACUACGGAGCUUUCAUCAAGAAAAACCCCCCUGGCAUAGACGACCAGCUAUGGCUGGUCAUGGAGUUCUGCGGAGCCGGCUCGGUGACAGAUUUGAUCAAGAACACCAAGGGCAACUCUCUGAAAGAGGAGUGGACCGCUUACAUCUGCCGAGAGAUUCUCAGGGGUCUGACUCAUCUCCAUCAGCACAAGGUCAUCCACAGAGACAUCAAGGGACAGAAUGUCCUGCUGACUGAGAACGCAGAGGUCAAACUAGUGGACUUUGGUGUUUCAGCCCAGCUGGACAGAACGGUAGGACGGAGGAACACGUUUAUCGGGACGCCAUAUUGGAUGGCGCCAGAGGUUAUCGCCUGUGACGAGAACCCUGACGCCACGUACGACUUCAAGAGUGAUUUAUGGUCGCUGGGAAUCACAGCAAUAGAGAUGGCGGAAGGAGCGCCACCGCUGUGUGACAUGCACCCAAUGAGAGCCCUCUUCCUCAUCCCGCGCAACCCUGCACCCAGACUCAAGUCAAAGAAGUGGUCAAAGAAGUUCCAGUCGUUCAUAGAGAGCUGUCUGGUGAAGAGCCACAGCCAGAGACCCAGCACGGAGCAGCUCCUCAAACACCCGUUCAUCAGGGACCUGCCCAACGAGAGGCAGAUCCGUAUCCAGCUGAAGGACCACAUCGACCGCACAAAGAAGAAGAGGGGAGAGAGAGAUGAGACAGAAUAUGAGUACAGUGGCAGCGAAGAGGAGGAUGAAGAAAGAGACAUGGGUGAACCAAGCUCCAUCAUCAACAUCCCCGGAGAGUCGACCCUGAGGCGGGACUUCCUGCGCCUCCAGCUGGCCAAUAAGGAGCGUUCGGAAGCACAGCGGCGGCAGCAGCUGGAGCAGCAGCAGAACGAAGAGCACAAGCGCUUACUGUUGGCUGAGAGACAGAAACGCAUCGAGGAGCAGAAGGAGCAGAGGAGGCGGCUGGAGGAGCAGCAGCAGCGAGAGCGCGAGCUGAGGAAACAGCAUGAGAGGGAACAGAGGAGGCGCUACGAGGAAAUGGAGCAGCUCCGCAGAGAGGAGGAGAGGAGGCAUGCAGAGAGAGAACAGGAGUAUAUCCGUAGACAGCUGGAGGAGGAACAGAGGCAGUUAGAGAUUCUCCAGCAGCAGCUACUACAGGAACAGGCAUUACUGCUGGAGUACAAGCGUAAGCAGGUAGAGGAGCAGCGGCAGGCGGAGCGGCUCCAGAGGCAGCUCCAGCAGGAGAGAGCCUACCUGGUGUCUCUACAACAGCAGCAGCAGCAGCAGCAGCAGCAACAGCAGCAGCAGCAGCAGCAGCAGCAGCAGCAGGAGGGGAGGCAAGCAGAGAAGAAACAGCUUUACCACUACAAAGAUAUCAUCAAUCCUAAUGACAAACCUGCCUGGGCCAAGGAGGUCCUGAAGCAGCAGCAUGUUCAGGGUAACUCGCCCCGCUCCCAACUACGACAUCAUCAGUCAUUCAACCAACCGGCUUCAUCCCCUGGCUCUCAUGGCCAACACAGAGCUCAGGCCCCUAGACGAACCCCAUCCCAUGGUGCCCAGCUCCUCUCCACCCACCUCCCCCAUAUCCGAAUCUCACUAGAUCCCGGAGAACCCCUAGAUCCAGGGCUGAAACAAGAGAUAAGUCAGCAGGUCAGAGAGUUCAGGGCUCAGAAACUCAGUCAGAGGGGCCGCAGCCCAGGGCCCAUCCAGGAGCACGGCCAAGGGCCCAAAGGACCUAGUAAGAGUCAAAAAGAGCAUCCCAGUCAAGGGCCAGUCAGCCAGCCUAUUGCACCAAUCCCUUAUCCUGUGGUGGCUAACAAUCAGAAAGAGAAGCCAAGAGAAAGGCCUCUCUCUGCUCCGAGUCAGGCAGCCAUCCAGGGGCUAAUGUGUCCGGACCAACAGCUUAAAGCCCUCCAACCUCAUCCUCAGUCCCCAGGACAGGUCCAGAGACCCCAGUCUGGAUCUAACCUUGCUCCCAUCCCUGCAGUGAAACUGGUGGAGGAGCGAUCUAAGCUGAACAGACAGAGCUCCCCAGCGCUGCAGCACAAAGUGUCCAACCGCAUCUCUGACCCCUCCCUCCCUCCCCGCUCCGAGUCCUUCAGCAGCGGGGGCAUGCAGCCCGCCCGCACCCCACCCAUCCACCGCUCCAUCGAACCACAGAUGGCCCACCUGGUCCCAGUGAAGACUCACUCCGGCUCCAUGUCCGGCUCCCAGUCUCUGCAGGACCAGACGGGCUCAGCUCUCAGCGAGGGCGUCAGCGUGAGCUCCCCAAGGCCCGAGAUGCCCCGCCAGAACUCUGACCCCACUUCUGACACCCCCGGUGCCCCGCUGCGCAUCACAGGCAGGGAGGAACGGGAUCGGGAUCGGGAUCGGGAUCGGGACAGAGAGAGGGAUCGGGACAGGACCGCAUGGCUGAGAGAGGAGGACAUCCCACCCAAGGUCGGAGAAUCACUAUCAGAACGGAAGACUGUCAAUCCAGGGUGUCUGCAGGUCCCCCAGAGGACCACUUCCAUCUCCCCAGCCUUGGUGAGGAAGAACUCCCCCAAUGGAGGAGUGGGUCUGGGCCCUCGCACAGGUUCUCAACUCAUACGGGCCAGUAACCCAGACCUGCGGCGCUCAGAGCUCUCUCUGGACGCCAUGCUGCAGAGAACUUCCUCCAACUCGUCAUCCUCCUCCUCCCCUUCAUCUCAGGGAGGCUCAGCCGAGAGGAGAGGUCAAGCCAAGCAGGAAGGAUCCCCUCCAGGAGCCAAUCAGGAGGCAAAGCCCAAGCAGGAGGAGGGCCGUGAAUCAGCCAGACCCAGCAGACCUGCAGACCUAAGUGCUUUGGCCAAGGAACUCAGAGAGUUGAGGGUAGAGGAGGGCAGCAGACCUCCAGUCAAGGUGACAGACUACUCGUCCUCCAGUGAAGAUUCAGAGAGCAGCGAUGAGGACGGGGAGACGGUGGGGCAUGAUGGCACUGUUGCUGUUAGCGACAUCCCCCGCAUCAUGCCAGCAGUGCAGAGCAGCAGUGAGUCGUAUGGAGGGCUGACAGAGGACUCUCUGGGAGAUGCCUAUAAUAGCUCCAAGGACGGCACUCUCGUGAUGAGAGAGGCAGAGGAGAGGAGGAGAGGUGGCCACACUGAGAGUAAUGGGUUCGGGAAUCACGGUAACCAUGGUAACCUCCCUGACCUGGUGCAGCAGAGCAACUCUCCCUCAGCCACACCCACCUCAGCCCUGCAGGAACUGGGCGACAUGACAGAGUUUGGCCUGGGCGGAUCCAAAGCGUCCUUCACCCCAUUUGUUGAUCCACGUGUCUAUCAAACCUCCCCAAGUGAAAAUGACGAUGAGAACUCAGCAGCAGCCAUGUUUGCCAAUGAGCUGCUGAGGCAGGAGCAGGCCAGACUAAACGAAGCCAGAAAGAUCUCCGUGGUCAACGUCAACCCGACCAACAUCAGGCCCCACAGCGACACGCCAGAGAUCCGCAAAUACAAGAAACGCUUCAACUCCGAGAUCCUGUGUGCCGCUCUCUGGGGUGUGAACCUGCUGGUGGGGACAGAGAACGGGCUCAUGCUGCUUGACCGAAGUGGACAGGGAAAAGUCUAUAACCUGAUCACCAGACGACGCUUCCUGCAGAUGGAUGUGCUGGAGGGGCUCAAUGUGCUCGUCACCAUAUCUGGGAAAAAGAACAAGUUGCGUGUCUACUACUUGUCUUGGCUCAGGAACAGAAUAUUACAUAAUGACCCGGAAGUUGAGAAGAAGCAGGGCUGGAUUACAGUCGGGGACCUGGAGGGCUGUGUGCAUUAUAAAGUUGUAAAAUACGAGAGGAUUAAGUUCCUGGUGAUUGCUCUGAAGAACUCUGUGGAAAUCUAUGCCUGGGCUCCCAAACCCUACCACAAGUUCAUGGCCUUUAAGUCAUUCACUGAGCUGCAGCACCGUCCCCAGCUGGUCGACCUGACGGUGGAAGAAGGUCAGAGGCUAAAGGUCAUCUACGGCUCCAGCGUGGGCUUCCAUGUCAUCGACGUGGACUCAGGCAACCCUUACGACAUCUACAUCCCCUCGCAUUGUGCCAAACAGAUGAAGAUCCAGAGCCAGGUGAAGCCCCAUGCCAUCGUGGUGCUGCCGAAGACGGAUGGAAUGGAGAUGCUGCUCUGUUACGAGGACGAGGGCGUCUACGUCAACACCUACGGGCGAAUCACCAAGGACGUGGUGCUACAGUGGGGAGAGAUGCCUACCUCCGUUGCCUAUAUCCACUCUAAUCAGAUUAUGGGCUGGGGUGAGAAAGCCAUAGAGAUCCGCUCUGUGGAGACAGGUCAUCUGGAUGGAGUCUUUAUGCACAAGAGAGCCCAGAGACUCAAAUUCCUGUGUGAGCGGAACGACAAGGUAUUCUUCGCAUCGGUGCGUUCAGGAGGUAGCAGCCAAGUUUUCUUCAUGACCCUCAACAGAAGCUCCAUGAUGAACUGGUGAUGGCGCCUCCCACUGUCCACUCUGCCUCACUCUCCCACUGGCCUGCCCGGCGACCCACCUUUGCCCACGGCACAUCUCACAAAUGAACCAGAUCGACUGAGAGGCCAUAAGUGAACUCUUUUAACACUGGAGAGACUAAAACCGCGUAGAAACAAAAAAAAAACAAACAAAAAAAGUUAUUGUAGAGAAAAACAACAAAGACCUGUUCUAAAUGAAGAGACGUGUUGCCCUAGAUUAUUUCGGGUCAUGCAGAAGCCAUCGUUACUCAACUGACUGGCAAACUGGUGCCACUGACUUUCCAAAUAUUCUCUUCCUCUGUCUCUUUCUGUAACUCUUAUCCCGCUCUGUCUGUGAAUUCUCGGACCAGUGCAUUCAAGUGUUUGACAGCUGUAGAAAUACACUUUACACCCGCCUCCUUCUGUCUCUCGUCCCCACUCCUUAAUCCUCUGCUCCGUCCCUCCUUCCUUGUAGAUCUAGUCAUCACUUUGUCAAUCCUUUGACACCCAUGUCCUCCAUUUUCCUCACUUCCUAUCUGCCAUGUGUGGGCUCAUUCCCGGCGAACUUAACACCUCAGAGGUCGGAGGGAUAGAUGAAUGAGAUUUAAUAUAAAUUCAAAUAUAUACUUGUGAAUAUGACAGUGCAGUGGGGGCAGCUGCAGGAUGACAAAUCUACUCUGGGUGUCGGCGGUGAAAGCAGACAGCCUGAUUGAUUUUCUUUCUCCUCUGUCCCCUCCUCCUCUUCCUCCAUUUCCUCCUCUCGUCAUCUUUUCAGGCCCUGAGCAAACUGAAUUGUGAUUUAGUGUUCGAUCGCAUCUCGCUGAUAGAGAUACGGGCGAGACAAUUUGCUGUCAUGAGCAGGUUGUCACAGUAUGCAAAGAUGAUGUCUGUGUCCCUUUAAAAUGAAAUCACUGGUCCAUCCUUUUUCCCUCUCUUUCCUUCCUCCUGUCACCCCCCCCCCCCCCCCCCCCCACCAUCAUCAUCAUCAUCGUCAACAUCACUCUCAUCUCCCUGUUUUCACUCUUUAAACUCUGAAGGUGCUGCAUCAGAUAUACUGUAAUAUUAAAUGAACAAUGAGAGCAUCA